AUGUCCAACGGCGACGGCGCAGGCAAACCGCCUACCAUCCUCGAAAAGAUCUACGCCCAACGCCAGAAGGACGUCGACGCAGCGAAAGCGACGCCGGGAACACGUCCAGAGGAGCUCGAUGCGUACCUGAAGAUGGGCCUUGCCCCGCCCCUCAUCCCGCUCGUCCCUCGUCUGAAGAAGAAUCCAUCUACAUCGACCGCGCGGCCCUCGCUCAGCCUCAUGGCCGAGAUCAAGCGUGCGUCGCCGUCCAAAGGCGACAUCGCGCCCUUCGUCAACCCCGCCCAGCAGGCAUUGCUCUACGCGCAGGCAGGCGCGUCCGUCAUCUCAGUCCUGACCGAGCCGACGUGGUUCAAAGGCAGCCUGCUUGACAUGCGGCUCGCGCGCCAGGCAGUGGACGGGUUGCGUGACCGUCCAGCGAUCCUCCGCAAGGAGUUCGUGUUCUCCGAGUACCAGAUCGCGGAGGCACGCCUAUGGGGCGCGGACACGGUGCUGCUCAUCGUCGCGAUGCUCGCGCAGGAGCAGCUGCAGCGGCUCUACGCGUACGCGGUCUCGCUCGGCAUGGAGCCGCUCGUGGAGGUGAACAACGCGCGGGAGAUGGCGCGUCGUGGGGUGAAUAACCGGAACCUGCACGACUUCAGCGUGGAUAUGGGCACGACGAGCGGGCUUGUGGACAUGGUGCGCGAGAAGGACGUGCUGCUGUGCGCGCUGAGCGGGAUUAAGGGCCCUGAGGACGUGGUGGUGUACAAGGAGCAGGGCGUGAAUGCGGUUUUGGUUGGAGAGAGCUUGAUGCGCGCGGCGGACACGACGGCGUUCAUAAAGGAGCUGCUGCAAUGGCCGGACGCGUAG